AUGAACAAUACAGUGGCAGCACAGACUGCAACACAGAUAAUAGCAAAGAUAAAGUCUAAAGACUUUAAGGAUAGGUUGAAUGCAUAUGAUGAUAUGUUGAAUUUGUUCUCGACAUUACCAGAUGGCAAUGCACCAGAGUUUGCUAGACUGUCUCCAGCAUUUGAAAAGUAUCUGUUGGUUGAUAUACAGCCCGCUAACAAGGAGAAGGCUCUACAGGUGUUAAUGGUGUUCUUGGAUCGCGCCGGUUGUCUACACGUGCCACAGGCCCUGCCGGCACCCUUUAUCACCGACCUCACAACAUGUAUCAUCGAGAACUGUUUGAGUGGACGCGACUCUACCAAGCUCAAAGCCAUCGAUUGUCUGUUGAUGCUGGUCGAGGUCAUUGGACCAGACACUAUCCUGCCAUGUAUCUGUGCAGCGGCGCAGCACAAGACGCCCAAGAUUGCCACAUACUCAAUCUUUACACUCAAGGAGGUUGUCAGACAGGCUACGGCCUGCACAAAUGAAGGAGUUGGAGACGACCAUUCAAUCAACAUCGAGUAA